UGAAGGGCAUCCUCAAUGAGGAGGAGUCAAGUACUGAAGGUGACGUUAAACUCUAAUUAAAACUACGAUUCUGUUCUCCGUGUACUGCAUCACGUGGUUACAAUGGCGGCUGCUUUUCUGUAUAUAAGACUGGGGAAACGGUUCUGUGUUUCAGGGAGCGUAUAACGUUAGCACUUGAAGACAACCGUGUUUUAAACACGGUUUUAAGAGAGCCCCGCCUCAGCGGUACUUCAUCAUGGCGGACUCCAGCGUCAACAGCCUGACAUCCCUUGCCCGUGCGUUGUCACAAUCAAAACUGGAUCAGAUAGAAAGUAAUGAUGUCAGCCCUCCGCGAAGUAUUCAGCUUCAUCCGUGCCGAAGGAGAAAGUUGACGAGCUGCGCCUCAAUUGAGUCCCUUGAGCAGGCGACUUCACCUUCCGCCAUCGAGGCGCGAGUCCUGGUUAUUAACACCGGAGGAACCAUCGGGAUGACCCUUCACGACAACGUGCUUGCCCCAAAAGCCAAUGCUUUCGGGAAGAGCUUGUGCAAGUUGCCUAUCCUACACGAUGAGACGUAUGCCCAGCUCACCAGCCUGUAUGACUACUAUUCAUCUGAGAACACCUUGGUCCUGCCGAAGCCAACGGCCCAUUCUGACCAUCUAUUUCACGGGCUGAGUAAAGACAAUAAGAGGAUAAUCUACACAAUAUUAGAGUACAGCCCUUUGCUAGACUCCUCCAAUAUGACCACAGACGACUGGGGUAGAAUUGGAAUGGACAUUGAGAAAAACUACGAAGACUUUGAUGGUUUUGUGAUCCUUCAUGGCACAGACACUAUGGCUUACACAGCCUCUGCCCUGUCCUUCAUGUGUGAACAUUUGGGCAAACCAAUCAUUCUCACCGGCUCGCAGGUGCCUAUCUAUGAGAUGAGGAAUGAUGGCAGAGACAACCUGCUGGGAGCGCUGCUGAUUGCUGGCCAGUUUGUCAUUCCUGAGGUGUGUCUGUAUUUCUACAACAAACUCUACAGAGGGAACCGUGUGACCAAGGUGGAUGCUGGGAGUUUUAACGCAUUCUCCUCUCCUAACUUGGCUCCUCUGGCCACUGCUGAAGUGGAUAUUACAAUCAACUGGGAUACAGUGUGGAGGGCAAACACCACAGCAAAGUUUCAAGUCAGCACUGAGCUGAACAGGAACGUAGGCCUGCUCAGGCUGUUCCCAGGAAUCACUGCUGCUACUGUGAGGGCUUUCCUCCAGCCGCCCAUGCAGGGUGUGGUCCUGGAGACCUACGGCAGUGGAAAUGCCCCUGAUAACCGUCCUGACCUGUUAGAGGAGCUGAAGAAGGCCACUGACUCUGGGGUCAUCAUCAUCAACUGCACCCAGUGUCUGAGGGGGACUGUGUCUGCAUCUUACGCCACCGGCAAAGUGUUAAUGGAUGCAGGGCUGAUAGCUGGUGGAGACAUGACUCCAGAGGCUGCCCUAUCAAAGCUGUCUUACGUAUUGGCCAAGAAAGAGCUUGAUCUAGCUGCCAAGAAAAAGGUUUUGUGUCUAUGUUCAGAAGUGAGAUAA